CCAAUUUGGGUAAGUUGAUCAGCAAAAGCAGAUUGUCUAACGUAACAUAAAUUUUGAAUUGGCAAAAUUUAGAUCAAAUUCUGUUCUUCUGUUUGUUUUAACCUCUAUGAGAUUGUGAUCAUGUUCUAGCUACGAUCUGUCCAAUGACAAAGCUGAUCUUGGGUUUUACUUGGUGCUAAAAUUAGUCCUACAGAUGUUCUUUCACAUUAAAAUACUUAGAGUUUGUUACUUGGAUCUAAUUUGUCGCCUUUCUUUUUACCAGCAUUUUUUUUUAGGAUAUUGUCAUCAUAGGCCUAUUUUAACAUAAAGUCACAGUGUGGGUCUGGAUUUUUGGCUCUGCUAAUACAAUUUUGGUUCAUCUCGACAAUGGCAAAAGGUACCAGAGGAAGACGCAGAAUGGCUUCAAAACGCUCCAGGUCAACCCCAUAUCCGAUGCUCGCUUGCAGGCAUUUGUCCAACUUGAAGGAGAAGAAAUCGGCAAUUGUCAUGUCCAAAAAGGAUUUGGAAGAUAUCACUUGCUCGGUAUGCAUGGAAUAUCCUCAUAAUGCUGUUCUUCUCUUGUGUUCUUCUCACGAUAAGGGUUGUCGCCCAUACAUGUGUGGUACUAGCUCCCGCUACUCCAACUGUUUGGACCAGUACAAAAAGGCCUACACAAAAGUUACGUUUUCAUCCCCACAUAAUUCACUACCUCUGACAACAGACAACAAUUCUGUUAUGGAGCCAUUGUCAGGUUGGCCAGUUGAGAACUAUGGAGAAGUGGCCGAGCUAGCUUGCCCGCUUUGCCGAGGCCAAGUCAAAGGGUGGACUGUGGUAGAAUCGGCCAGGGAAUAUCUCAAUUGUAAGAAAAGAACCUGCAUGCACGAUAACUGCUCGUUUAUUGGAGCCUACAAAGAGUUGAAGAAGCAUGUUAAGUCAGAACACCCAUCUGCUAAGCCACGAGAAGUGGACCCUGAUCAGGAACAGAAAUGGAGGCGGCUCGAGCGGGAGCGAGAGCGGGAAGACGUGAUUAGCACCGUGACAUCAUCCAUGCCAGGUGCAGUGGUUUAUGGUGAUUAUGUCAUUGAAAGGAAUUCAUAUGGGUCAGAUUCGGAUGAUGACGAGGGUUUUGAUGUCACUGGUUUAGGUCGGGGAAAUCAUGGCGGGUUGGAUAUGGCGUCUGAUAACAACAGUCUUGUUAACGUAUUUCUGCUCUUUCAUGCAUUUGGUGCCGGCGGAAAUGAGGGCCCGUUUGGAAGAAAUGACAUCAAUGAUAAUGAUGACAGUGAUGAUGACGGUGGUGGUGGUGGGGGCACAAUGUCAUUGGUGAACCGCCUCCGUGGUAGGGUUUUAUUGGGAAGGUCGGGGAGGAGAAGUAGAAGUAGUCAAACGUAGAUAUGUACAUAAAAUGGGAUGUAAAGAAGGGAAUCAGGAACAUGUUUUACAGUUAGUUUUUAGGAACCAUAAGAAGGGAAAAUGGUGAUUGGGAGUUCAUCUGCCAAUAUUCAGUGACAUGCCAUUGCCAUUAGCUCCACUUCAGACGGGAAAGAAAGUAAGCUGUUUUUUUUAAUUCUUAUUUUUAAGAUUUCAGUCCUGACCCAGAUUGUUGUAAUUUGUGUUUGUAAUUUACUGAUUCCCUGCCCAGAACCUGUUUAUUUCGCUUACUCAAAAGUUAUUGAAUUUGAACAUUCUUUGAAUUUGAAGUAUACACCCUUGUAAAGAUUUGAUCCCCUCAACUAAUCUUUUGGCUUUUUACAUA